UUGAACAGUUCAGAUCUCAGUAAGAUAACAACAUUGUUGUUGACUGGUGUUGGAUUGACAGAGAUACCAUGCCUAUCUGAACUCACUGGUCUUGAAUACAUGUGCUUGGAUAAUAAUCGAAUUGAACACAUCAGUCUUCAAAACUAUUUUGAUGAUAAGACAAGGAAGUACAAACCCAUGAUAGGUUUGAGGCACCUGGACUUGUAUGGAAAUCCUAUAUCAAAGGUUAAUAUAAGCAUUACAAAAGUUUUCACAAAUAAAUCCAUCUUAAUAAGUAUGGACAAGACACGUUUACGCUAUCCGUUUAGUAAUAUGAAAAAGAAACUAGACAAAGUAGAUAUCGAGCUUAUUGAGAAAGAUUUAGAGAGUGAGAAUGAGUCUGAUGUCAAGAGCUGA